AUGGAUAACCUGACAUUCAGACACACCAUUCUUCUAGUGGAGGGACUUCAAGUUACACCUCAGUCUACCUAUGUGGUUUUUGUACUGCUACUUUUGGUUUAUAUCUUUAUUAUGGUUGCCAACAUUACACUUGUAAUUCUAAUCUCAACUGAGAAGAAUCUACAUCAUCCUAUGCAUUUUCUGUUUUGUAACUUGCCGCUGAAUGACAUUUUAGGGACCACCGUCAUUUUGCCACGCUUACUUCGGGACGUUUUAAUAGAAACUUCAGAGCGCUAUAUCACAUUUAAUGAAUGUGUUACUCAAGCAUAUUUUGUGCACAUUUUUGUAGCAGCAUGUCAUUAUGUUCUUAUUAUAAUGGCUUUUGACAGAUAUGUGGCUAUUUGUAAUCCACUGAGAUACAUGGCCAUAAUGACCAAUAAAAUGGUUAUUAAACUAUCAGCAAUAGCCUGGGGUUUGUCAGUACUUAUGGUGUCUAUUCUGUUAGGCCUCACAGUGCGACUGUCUCACUGCAGAUCGAAAAUUGAAAACCCUUUCUGUGAUAAUGCCUCAUUGUUUAAACUGUCCUGUGAUGAAGGUGUUGCUGUGAAUAAUAUCUAUGGGAUCAUCUAUACUGUGGUUUUAUUUACCUUCUCAAUUUUGUCUAUAUUUAUAACGUAUGGCAAGAUUGCCACUGUAUGCAUAACCAGCAAAAACAAAGCACUCAACAGCAAAGCCAUAAAAACCUGCAGCACUCAUUUAGCUGUUUAUUUAAUCAUGUUUGUUUCUGGUUCCACUUUCAUUUUUCUCCAUCGUUUCCCUCUCUACUCUGAAAGCAGGAAACUAGCUAGUAUAAUGUUUCAUAUUGUACCCCCAGGAUUAAAUCCAUUAGUAUAUGGUUUACAAACCAAAGAGAUUAGACAAAAGUUUGUAAAAAUCUGGCGCAGAGAAAAAGAAACAUCUUAA